UUAGCGCAUGCGCUUUGCGACCGGAACGAGCUUCGUUCUCUUCCAAAACAGGCGACCGUGUGAGAGAGAAAAACAACAACGCUUAAAUAAUUUCACACGUAUUGGAUUGUUUUCAGCAACAUGGGAGGCGGUGAUCUUAACUUGAAGAAAAGCUGGCAUCCGCAGACGCUGAAGAACAUCGAGCGUGUGUGGAAAGCCGAGCAGAAGCACGAAGCCGAAAGAAAGAAGAUCGAGGAGUUGCAGAAGGAACUGAAAGAUGAGCGAGCUCGAGAGGAAAUCACGAAAUAUGCGCAGGAAACCGGCGCAGUAAAAAAAAAAGAUGAGCGACUGGACUGGAUGUACCAGGGCCCCGGAGGACAGAUCUCCCGCGAUGAAUACCUCCUGGGCCGUCCCAUCGAUAAGCAGAUUACAGAGCAGUAUGAGGAACCUGAGAGCGGGCCGUCCGCUGAAACCGGCCUCUUGCCCGGCUCCAUUUUCAACUCUACCGCCUCCGUCUCCACCCUGGACAUGGCCUGUAAGAUAAGAGAAGAUCCGCUGUUCGAGAUUCGUAAACGCGAGGAGGAAAAAAAGAGGAGCGUUCUCACAAAUCCUGUUAAAAUGAAAGAGAUCCGCAAAAUGUUACGUGAAAAUAUAGAAAAAGACAAAAAGAAGAGAAGGAAGAAGGAUAAAAAGGAAAAGAGAGACGAUAAGGAAAGGAGGAAGGCCAAGAAACACAGGCGGAGGAGUUCCAGCUCUGAUGAGGAAGACAGAAAGCACAGGUCAAAGGAGGAAAAUGGAUUCUCAAAGUCGCAUUCACAUUUUCAGAAAUCCGGGUACGGACUGCAGUUACCAGCAGGAGCAUGGUCGGAGUCGAGCCACAGGAGGGACCGGAGUCGCUCUCCACUGUGUUCCAGAGAAGAAAAGAGAAAUCGUUCACCUCACGAUCCAGACAGGAAACACAAACCUAAAGCACAGAGUCCGAGCAGGCCCAGACAACGCUAUCAAAGACCACAGAGCACCAACUACAGCAAGCGUCUCUCGGCCGAAGAGCUGGAAAAAAGGAGGAAAGAGAUGAUGGAGUUCGCCGAUGAGAGAGAGAAGGAGAGAGAGAGCAAUGUAAAGAGGUACAAACAACAAGACGAGCGGGAAAAGGAGCGAGACAGCAGGACCAAGCAGAGCGACCAGGCCACAUUCAUACAUAACGUGAAGCUGGAGAGUGCAGCCACCUCGUCUGUGGAGGAUCGGGUGAAGAGGAACAUCCACUCCAUUCAGAGGACCUCUGCCUCUCUGGAGAAGAACUUCAUGAGAAGAUGAGCGGCAAUUAGAAACAGUCGUGUUCACCAGCAGUCACGUUUCCCCAAACGAUCAAAUCUCAAACUUGUAGGGAAGAUAAUGUUGUUUAUAAAUAUAAUAAUUUAUUAUUAUUAUUAUUAUUAUUAUUAUUAUUAUUAUUAUUAUUAUUAUUAUUAUAAAAUGUGUAUAAUGUGCCUAGUGGUCCACUUUUACAGGGAAAAAAAUGGUCCGUUUUUGUCAUGGGUUGUCUUUUUUUUUUUUCCUCCCCCUCAUUUUAAUCAUUCAUUUCUGUAUAUUUUUGUAUUUUUAAAGAGAUUAAAAAAAAAUCCAUGUACUGUAUUUUAUUCACUGUACAGAAUCCUCAUGUCGCACAUACACUAUCAUUGUAUUUAUCUAAAAAAAAAACAAAAAAAAGGUCAGUUUCUGAUAGACAAUAAAUUCAGCAGUGAAAUGUCUUAUUUUUAAAUACGUGAUAUGAAAAAAUGAUCUAAAAUAAUCGUUGGUUGGAUGUUAGUCUUGUUAUAUUCACACUUUAUCACACGAUCCGAUUAUUUUCCUGUUUGUGAAUCAGGAACCGAAUCCUGGACUGUCAACAAUCAAUAAAUACAAUUAGAGAAAA